UCUACAUCUGUAAGUCUCACGUAGGUCUCACAUCUAAACUACUUGAGAGGAGGGAGCUUAUUCCCAUCUGAUUAUCCAGCCUGCUUCGAUCAGAAGUCACGCAUGGCGGAGUCUGUGAAGCCCCUGAAGGGCAGAGUGUUAUUGACAGGUGGCAGCGGGUUCAUCGCCUCUCAUACCCUCGAUGCUCUCUUAGACGACGGAUUUGGAGUUGUCGCUUCAGCAAGGUCUCACGCGAGGGGCCGUAGGAUACUGGAUUCCGUCGAUCCUACUCGCAGAGAGAGGGUUUCCUACGUCGUCGUUGAAGACGUAGCGAAGGAUGGUGCAUUUGAUGCUGUAUUCGAGGCCGACCCAAAUUUCGACUAUGUCGUCCACACCGCCUCACCGUAUCAUUUAAACGUCGAGGACCCUAUCAAGGACUUCUUGGAUCCGGCGAUCAAUGGGACUACGGGGCUCCUGCGGUCCAUCAAGGCAUACUCGCCUGCUACUAAGCGUGUGGUCAUAACCUCGUCGGGCGCCGCGAUUAUAAAUCCCCUCCAUCAUGCCAACGUGUAUGACGAGACGUGUUGGGCACCCUGGACGCGUGAGCACGCCCUGAACCCGAAGCGGUCUUACGAAGCUAGCAAGGUUCUCUCCGAGAAAGCAGCUUGGUCCUUCAUGGAGGCCGAGAAGCCCAGCUUCGACCUCGUAACGAUCAAUUGCACCUACACCUUUGGACCCAUCCAGCGCAACAUCACGAGCCUGGACGCCAUCAACACGUCAAACCACCGCGUACGGGACCUGGUGCUCGGGCGGGUGGAGGGGGGCCUCAAGCCGACAGAGCCGGUAUUCGUGUUCGUCGACGUGCGCGACGUGGCGCUGGCGCAUGUCCGAGCGAUAACGGUGCCCGCGGCCGGGGGGAACCGGUUCUACGUCGUGGGCGGAUACUUCUCGAACAAGCGGAUUGCGGACAUCGUGGGACGAUGCCGGCCGGACCUGGCGGCGCAUCUGCCGUCCGGGGACGCCGCGCGCGACGACCUCCCCGACAACGUCUACGCGUUCGACAACGGAAAGUCGCGCAGGGUCCUGGGCCUCGAGUACACGGGCCUCGAAAAGAGCAUACGCGACACAGUGCAGUCCAUACUGGAGGUGGCUGCGGUGGAAGAGAGGGCAAGAGAAGGGAGCGCGUAUACGUAGUCGCCGACUUCAAGGUCGCCGCAUUAACGCCAAAGACAACCAACAGAUUAUAAUAAUGUACCGAGGUUUCACGGACAAGGGUUGCUUAACAUAAUGUCUUCGAUAUUACAUACUCCGUAGUUAUGGCUAGCACUUCUUAGUUACUCACCCCUGCACAUAGAAGACCGUCUUCUCCUAAUAACUUAAGACGAGAGAACCUCUUUCAUCCUGCAUUUCAGCACGUUUCAGGGGGUAUU